CUUCAUUUGAUCAAACCUGUCACAACGAAGAAUCCUCUCUAACAUUAUUCUCUACACCCCGUCAUCCAGCUAAACCCUGCGACUAAACACAGCUAUGUCUUACUCGCAAGCUAUUCGUCGAUUCGUCGAGUUCAUCAACUCGGCGGAUGCCGCUAUUGGCAACGAAGUCAUCCACGAGUCAGCCGAGUUUCACGUCCCUUUUGACAAUAAGUCCUUGAAGGGUGCCAGCGGAUACUUAGAGAUGCUAGGCAACAUGCGUGGCGCCUUUCCCGACAUUCAAUGGAGUGUAGAGCAGAUAAUUUCUGAAGGAGACAAAGUGGUUCUACGCUCUAAAACCCGCGGCACCCAAACCGGUCCUUUCAUGGGAUUUCCUCCAUCCGGAAAAACGUUCGAAAUAGUUGGGAUGAACCUCUUUACGUUUUCGGAGGGGAAGAUUGUUAAAGAGCAGGCUUUGCCUGAUCUAUUUGGGAUCCUUGUUCAGAUUGGAGCUGUUCAGCUUCCCUUGUAGAUCCCGGCAGAUGGAGUGCAGGCGUCGACGAUGUGGGGGGCCGCAUAGAUUCAAUCCUUGGCUGUAUUCUUGGUUGUAAAUGAAACACCGUACAGUAAGAAGGCAACCAAUAAUAGAAACACCUCCCUUCAUAUUCGUUAUGAACCACAA